CCCAAGGUGCACGUCUUCUCGACGCACUUUUACACCAAGCUCGCGGAGUGCGCCGGGGGGUACAACCACAAGAACGUGUCGCGCUGGACACGAAAGGUCGACCUCUUCGCGAUGGACCUCAUCAUCGUGCCCAUCAACCAGGGCAACACGCACUGGGUGCUCGCCGCGAUCAACGUGCGCGAGCGGCGCUUCGAGUACUACGACUCGAUGGGAGGCGACGACGACGGGCGGCUCAAGAACCUGCGCAUGUACCUCGUCGACGAGUGCGCGCACAAGAAGCACGAGCGGCUCGACCUCGAAGCAACCGGGUGGGCCGACUACUACGGCGCCAACCACGGCGCGCCGCGCCAGACCGACGGCUUUAGCUGCGGCGUGUACGUCGCGAUCACCGCCGAGUGCCUGCGGCGGGGCGCCGCCCUCGACUUGGAGAACAGAAGGAUGCAGUACUUCCGCGAGAAGCUGACGGCGGAGCUGCUGCGUGGCGCGCUGCUC